UUCCCGGAAGUUGUGAAUCCAAAUCCUUCCUUGGUCACUACACAUCACACACACGUUUCAAGUAUAUAAAUAAAACCCCAUUCCUCACCCACCACUCUUCUUUUAUGACACCACCCAUGGACAAUACUUCAUUCUCGUCCGACAUCACAACCGUCCACCCCGACAUCUUUCAAUCCCACAUCCUUAAUCGCCUCGACGGUCCUACUCUCGCCUCCGCCGCUUCCUCCACCUCCCAUCUCCGCCGCCUCUGCACAGAACACCACCUCUGGCGUAACAUUUCCGCUGCCACGUGGCCUUCUCUCAACGACCCCCUCGCCGCGGCCAUUAUCACCACCUUCCCCGCCCGCCACCGUUCCAUCUUCUCCGACUCCUUCCCCUCCCUCCACCAUUCCCCUCCCAAUCUCAACCCAACACCACCACCCCCUCCGCCGCCGGAGCUCAUCUCUGCCGUGGACCUCUACUACAAGGGUAAACCCGUCUUUUCCCGCGUCAUCAAAACCGAAACCCACAAGGGCUGGUUCCUCUGCUCCCCUCUCUGGGUGGACCUCCUCGACCGCAACGAGGUGGUCCCCACUCCCCUCAAAUUCGCGCAAACCAACGACGAAAACGAAUUGCUCAACCACCUCGAUGAGAAUCUCACCCUCAGCUGGAUCAUCAUCGACCCGACCCGAAAACGCGCGGCGAACCUCUCCAGCCGCCGCCCCGUCGCCGUGCGGCGCCACUGGCUCACGGCGGAGCUCCAGGUUCUCUACGCCGUGCCCAUGGAAACCGUCCAGUGCGUCGUAAAGGUCACGUGCUGCGGGAAGGCCGGUGGCGCGAUGCACGUGCGCGAGGUGAGUCUCACCAUGGAGGACACCGAGGGGAGGCACGUGAUGGGAAAGGACAGUGUUGUAAUUUUACAAGACGCGAUGGAGAAUGGAAAGAGAAAAAAACUUGACGAAGUAGAAGCAAAAGAGAGGUUCGAGAAAUUCUCCAUUGUGAAGAGAGAGAUUAGAGAGAGGAAGAUGAGGAGAGACAAGGCAACGGACAUGGUUGCCAUGUUGGUAGCUUUUGCUGUUUUUGCUCUGCUCUUCUGGUUUAUGGCUUUUGCUGUUUGACCAAAACGUUGCCGUUUUCGGAUUUUUCUUCAAUUAGGUCCUUUACCUACGUAGUAGUGUCUGUGUUUGGACUUUGGGUUGCACUUACGCAAGCUGCUUCAGACGGAAAGAGAAGAAAAAAAAUAUUCAACAAGUAAAUAGUAAAAAAAAAGUAUAGUUGAAAGUGAGAGAAAAAAAAAAAAAAACAAAAUACACGACAGGAAAACGUGUGUGUGUUGUUAAUUCAUUUUUUCUUUUGACCCAUACCAUGUUACGUUGUUACAUAAAUCAAUUAUACAAAUUCUAUAAUUUUAUUUAUUUA